CGCCGCCGACCGCACCAACCGCGUCGCGAGUGAACCCACACGACCUUCAAACCGAAAGACACGAUUAAACCAGAGGCAGGUGUAUAGGAUGUGAAGAGGCGCGCACGACGCUGCACAUGCUCUGCGAGCCACCGACAUGGGGUAUCGGGGCUAGACAUGAACCACUCGCCCUGAACCGAGCACUCGACUGUCGAUACACACACAGGUGGUGAUUGUGGGAGCGGGUGUAGUGGCGGUAUGCGCGUGGUGUUAGCAGCCCUGACGGCGCUGGCGGCGCGCGCGCUGGCCAGCCCGCACGAGCACCGCGCGCGCCACCAUGCGCCCGACCACCCGCCGCACUUCCCCGCGCCCGCGCCGCCGCAGCCUUACCGCGGCCACGGCGAGGCCGUCCGCUACAACCCCGAGCUCGACACCAUCCUCCCCAGACUCGAGGAACACGAAACAUCCUCCAAACGCGCCAAGAUCGAGGACGAAACCUCCUCCAAGAGAGCCAAAUACGAUGAGAGGUUCUACUCUAACCACGAACGAGCUGAGGACGUACUCAUGGCCGACGAGCCACAUCUAGGACCAGAGGACGACGAUCCCCUCGUCGUCCGCACCAGGAAAGGAAGGGUCCGAGGCAUCACCCUCACCGCUGCGACGGGAAAAAAAGUCGAUGCGUGGUUCGGCAUCCCGUACGCUCAGAAACCCCUCGGCGACCUAAGGUUCAGGCAUCCUAGACCUAUCGACAGCUGGGGAGACGAGGUACUGAAUACAACGACACUGCCACACUCGUGCGUCCAAAUUGUAGAUACCGUGUUUGGAGAUUUCCCCGGCGCGAUGAUGUGGAAUCCCAACACAGAUAUGCAGGAAGACUGUCUCUAUAUAAACAUAGUUGUUCCGAAGCCGCGACCCAAGAAUGCGGCGGUCAUGCUGUGGGUGUUUGGCGGCGGAUUCUAUUCCGGCACCGCCACCUUAGAUAUAUACGAUCCUAAGAUAUUGGUUUCUGAAGAGAAAGUAGUGUACGUCUCUAUGCAGUAUAGAGUUGCGUCACUUGGAUUCUUAUUCUUUGACACUCCAGACGUUCCAGGAAACGCUGGAUUGUUCGAUCAAUUAAUGGCUUUACAGUGGGUGAAAGACAAUAUUGCAUACUUUGGAGGUAAUCCACAUAAUAUAACAUUAUUCGGAGAAUCAGCCGGUGCGGCGUCUGUAUCCCUACAUCUCCUGUCACCGUUAUCUAGAAACUUGUUUUCUCAAGCGAUAAUGCAGUCCGGAGCAGCCACAGUUCCUUGGGCCAUUAUAUCGAGAGAAGAGAGUAUCCUGCGAGGAAUACGCUUGGCAGAAGCUGUUCACUGCCCUUAUUCUAGAAAGGACAUGGGUCCGAUGAUAGAGUGUUUACGUAAGAAAACCCCCGAAGAGCUGGUUAAUAACGAAUGGGGGACUUUAGGAAUUUGUGAAUUUCCAUUUGUCCCAAUCAUUGAUGGUUCAUUCUUAGAUGAGAUGCCUUCUCGGUCCUUAGCUCACCAGAAUUUCAAACGCACCAACCUUCUAAUGGGAUCGAACACUGAAGAAGGUUAUUACUUUAUCCUUUACUACUUAACAGAACUAUUUCCUAAAGAAGAAAACGUAGGUAUAUCUAGAGAGCAGUUCAUGCAAGCUGUGAAAGAGCUGAAUCCUUAUGUGAAUGACAUAGUUCGACAAGCAAUAGUGUACGAAUACACAGAUUGGUUGAACCCGAACGAUCCUGUGAAGAAUAGAAAUGCUUUGGACAAGAUGGUUGGUGAUUACCACUUUACUUGUAGUGUGAAUGAGUUCUCCCACCGAUAUGCUGAAACGGGGAACAACGUGUACACUUAUUACUAUAAGCAUCGCAGUAAGAACAACCCCUGGCCAUCGUGGACAGGCGUGUUGCACGCUGAUGAGAUCAACUAUGUGUUCGGAGAACCUUUGAAUCCUGGAAAGAACUAUUCCCCCGAAGAGGUGGAGUUUAGCAAACGUAUUAUGAGAUACUGGUCCAACUUUGCUAGGACUGGGAAUCCUUCCCUGAACCCUGACGGUGAGCUGACGAAGGUGGUGUGGCCUCUGCACACGGCCAAUGGGAGGGAGUACCUGUCCCUUGCUAUCAACUCCACCGAGGUGGGGCGCGGUGUGCGCGUAAAGGAGUGCGCCUUCUGGCAGAAGUAUCUGCCGCAACUUAUUGCUGCUACUAGUAAGCCUGACCCCCCGAGGAACUGCACGAGCAGUGCGCCUGCGCAGUGGAUGUCGCUGGAUCUCUUCGCACUCAGCCUCACGACUGUAUCGACUGUCGGGCUGCUGCAAACCAAACUGUUCAACUAUAUUAUAUGAAUCUCUAGGGUAAUAAUGUGAGCCUUUCAAUCUACUUAAGUUGUGCUUGAUUCAACAUUCGUUACUUCUCUACUAACCGUUCAAUAUCUUAGUAGAGAGGUGCUUAAGGAGUACGGGGUGACAUUUUUAAGUCCCCGACAGAGACUGCAAGCUGUCUUUGUCCUGUCACAAAUGGUGUUUGCUGAAAAAGACUUUCCGAUUUCUUAUGACGCGUCAAGCGCAACUGUCAUGAAAUGACGAAAAUAUUUCAUUCAGAUGAUUUAUGACUCGGCAAAGACGAGGGGUCGUCUUCACAAUACGUCAGCCAUAAAAAUGUGAGUCCGUAUUAAAAUUCUUGUAUAUUAAUAUAUGUUGCCGUCAAAGAAUCUCUGGGAUAUUUUCUUAUAUUAACUUAUUUUUAUAAUGUAAAGUAGACUUACGCAUAAUUUUAGUUCUAAGCCACCUCAAGUGUUAUAUUGCGCUGUAAGUACAUAAAUUGUCUAGUAAAGUCGCUAUUAAGUUCCAUAAUUAAAUGUAAGUGAUGUAAAAUUAUUGUUUAUGAAUUAAUGUUACGAUCUAUUUUAAAAGGAGUGAUGCCUCCAUCAACAUAUCACUUGUUAAUAACAAAUUAUAGAAAUAUGUAGGAGUAAUUUUGUCAUAGUCGGUAAGUCUCUACAUAUCUUACGGGGGUAGUUUGCCAUCGCGGACUUCUGUCAGAGAAGAGAGUAAUAAUAGUAAAAUUGUAAACUUUGUCUUCGUAAUAACUAAGUAUUCAAAGGAACAAAUAUUUCUUUUUGGUUAAAAGAGUGAGUGAACCGUUGUGUGAGAAAUAGAAAGGCGUAGAAGAUUUGAGGACAAUGAAGUGUUAGCUUUAAAGCGCCUCUAUUGCUAUACAUAUCACGCAAGGCAUAGAAACGUUUACGUUCAUUCUAGCCAUAGAAGGUAAGUUAAGUAAGCUAGGUCACUUCACGAACACUGUAGCGGACCAAUAUUAGAAAGUUGUACGAGUUAUAAUGGUUCGGUGUAUAUUAACAGAAUUGGAGGAAAUAAUGACGAAUUGUCGAAUGGCUAUAAAAUAAAUUUUGAAACUCUGUAAGGCGCUAUAGGUGAAACGAGACUCGUCAGAGUGUUCAAAAACUUAGGGAAUCUUGAAUGAGGAAUCUUUGAAUGUGAGGAAAAGUAUGACGAUGUAACUGCUGUGAGCCACGAACGGGACAAAACUUAUAGAUGUACAGUAAUGCAUUUUAUAUUACUGAUAGAAGCACAAUUGGGUGAUAAUGAUAAUGAAAUUUCAAUUAUCGUGUACGAAGAUGAUGAUUAUAAAAGCUGGAAAUCUAUAUAACCAAAUUCAGAAGUUGUUAAAAAUGUACCCAAUGUGUCUAUUAACGUCCAUGGUUUUGUCUCAGCCGAUGGUGCACAGUGUGAUGAGAGAUGUACAGUACAUAGUAUACUGAUUGUGUUAGAACCUACAAAAUUAGUACCUUAAAGUUAGGGUCGAUACAUCUAGUUUAGAGGAAUUAGUGCGGUUCAGCUUUCGAAUAUUGGUAUAAACAAUUAAAUAGAUGAAUCUUUACAAUUCGUUCGAGAUUUAAGAUAAAAAUUAAUAGUACAGUACGGUAAAAUUAAUAAAAAAUCUCUUGCAACAGCUACGAUAUGUAAUAGAUAAAUUGAAAUUAUUUAAUUGGUGUAAAUAUUGUAUGUGUGUUAGUUUAUAAUGUAGGGUCUUGUUGUCGUUCUUAGUUCGUUUUUUUUUCAGAUCGUUUAAGGGCAAGUCAAGGCGGUGCCUAUGUGGUAAUAUUUAUUAAAUAAAAAUAAAAAUAUAACCUGUUGUGGAAGACGAUACCUUAUGAGAUAUAGUAAUUGCUAAAUGUAAUUUUUCGUAGGUACUUGAGCUUAUGUUGUUUCUGUUUGAUUAGGCGAUGUGUAUACAACGUAUGUAAUCUUCACUCGCUGGUGUUAGUCAAUGUAUAAUAGUGUCAGUAUUCAUGUCUAGCUCAUGUUCGGUGUUUAAACUACGCUUAUUUUAACCUGCGUAUGUAAACCUAUAGAGUGCCUCUUGUUCACUUUUAUAUAUAUUGAUAUAACACUAUGAUAUAGGUGAUAUAGUAGGUGUAGUGAUGCGUUACUUUCUAAAAUAUCUGCACUGUUAAUUUUCAAUUAUAUUAUGUGAUAUUGAAAAGGCCAACGAAUGAUGCGUAGUGCCAAACAUGGUUAUAGAAUCUACGAAGCUGGAUGUUACAAAUUCGCUCCAAUUGUAGUUCCGUAGAUUUGUUUCCUUAGCCACCUAUUGUACAGAAUGACUCAAUGAAUAGGAUUCUUUAAAUAUAAUAUUUUACGUCAAUUUCGAAUAGCUUCUAAAGUUUUCAUUUAGAAUAUCUGAUGUUAAUGACGGGGGCAUUAUCAGCAGCACAAGAUUUCUUUCAGAAUGAUGUUUUGGAAUUAAGAGAAUAAGGUGAUUAUUGAAAGUUGUCGAAUUAAGUGUUACAGAACAUUUUGGUGAAAGAUCAACAAACUAAACAAGAACAAAAAAACAUUUUUAUUACAAGAAAAGUGGAUUAUUGAACAACAAUAAAAUGAAUUCAGUACUACAACAUAAUGAAAAGAAAAUACAAAAACAUGGUAAGGAAAUUAUUUUGAAAUGUAAUAAAGUACCACAUACAAGGGUAUUCAGUACUACUAAUUUUCGCAGCAUCAAAAUGUUCUAUAAAACUUGAAAUUGGCAAAAAUGAGGGUUUACAUUGUUUUCUAUACACUGAUAACUUGCUUCGACUCUGCUUGGCUAUAAUAAAGUAAAUGUAUAAUAAAUCGUCAGUGUAACACAAAUGGCCUAAAACUAUAGCGAAUUUUGAUAGCACGAUGAUAAGGCCUACAAGCAUAGCCGCAUGUUGAUUUUCCAUUCAAAUUCAUGGAGUAAAGGAAACAUUUUCGCUUUUUGAGCUUAACAUUGCAACAACAUAGUACAUAAACUACCUAUGUAUGUUAAAUAUGUUAAAAACUCUGUUGACAAUAGGUUUUGAGUUUGAAUACAUGCCGUAGCGGGCAAUCAUAAUGCAAAAUGGUAUUUUAGACUCUCAUAUUUUGAGGCUGUAAACGAGUUAAAACAGUGUUAAGAAAGUAUAUAUACGUAGAAACAUAAUAUGAUUCGAAAAAAUAUGAUCGUCAGCUAAAAAUCAAGAUUGUACAUUAAUUGUUUUGUGCGAAAUGUUAUCCUUGGACUCAAGGACACUUUAUACAUUGUUUUAAGUUUACGCGGUUAUCAUACACAAACUCAUAUCGGGAGUCUCAUAUUCCUACUUUAAACGCGGUAAGAAUCCGUUAUUAUGUGUUUUAAUCAAGGACACUUUUUUGUUUCUUUUUUAUAUCUCACUCAUAAUCUUUUAAAGGACCUCGUUAAAGGCAGAUGAUUCAUCAAAUGUACACGGUUCUUUGAUUUCAUUCUAUUCAGAGUAAAGACGGAUAAAACAUUGCCAAGCAUGUGCCGCGUACGCCGUACGCCG